AUGGGGCCGGCAUUAAUGUCUGGGGCAAUCGAAGGUUACUCCCGCUUUCUCAAGACGCGCCUCAAGUAUCGCCUCCCUCCUUCACCACCGCGGCAACCGAAUGCAGCGCUUCGAGCUCGACUGAAUCCUCCACGAAACACAUGCUCGCCCAUAGAGCCGUUUUCUUGCAGCGAAACUCUACCAGAUUCUAUUUCACGAUCACGGCGUCCAGCAACUCCGCUUGAAGGUCGCAAACUUGAACAUCAUAUCUGUGGGGAGGUCGGAAGCCACACUGCCGCAAACUCCAUCCGCAUCGCGUUUCAGACUGUCGACUCCGAGCCAGCGCCAUCAAGUGAUGUGGAAGAGAACAAGGCUUCGACUGGGCUCCAACGCGCCAUUGAUUCGCUCCCAGACCCACAAAGUGGCGUCGGAGCAGUGGUGUUCCACUUUGUUCUGGGGACUAUAUUGCAGAAAAUCGCUUGGAUAUUCGUCGGUCCCAUUGUCUGGUGGUUUAUUGAAGCUCUACAACCACUCCUUCACAAGUUACUUGAGUUUUGGGGACCGGGGGAAGAAGAACUUGUACCUGCAGACAAUAAUGACCAUUUAGACCCUUUGGACGUGGCGCUAGGGCAGGCACCAAUCGAAGGUGUCGUUCAUCAAUGGGCCGGUGACGAUAUUGUCUUCCAUCUCGAGCCACAGCUCGUUGAGCAAGAAGAAGGAGGAUUUGGAGAAAAUCAUGUCGGGGAUGGAGUCGUCGGGAAAGCACAUGAUCCUCAUCAGCCAGAGUUUCCAGGCCGGGAUAAAGACAAAUGGGACCCAAUGCACAAUAACGACAUUAGUGUCAUUGAGCAUCCACUUGAUGGAUUGCCGCCCAUAAGAGCCGCCGUGGAGGAGAACGAAACGACACAGAAUCCAUUGCUGCCGGAUCAUCACCAUAAGGAAGGCGAUGUGGAUGAAGAUUAUUGCCGACAAGGCAAGAACAAUCAUGAGCGCAACACCGACUUGGAGGAAGACAAGACAACAGAAAAGAGCCAACUUCACGAGACAGAGACAGGACAUUACGAUGAGACACAAGACAUUACGGCUCGCGAUGAAAACAACCAUUUGAUUGGGCGAGAUGUCGAAGCGGUCACAUACGGUAUGCUUGGUCACAACGACGAAUUCGAAGACGGAAAUCGUGCUUUCAUUGUUGCCAGCGAUAAGACACCACGCAAAGCCGUCGGUGCUAUAUCACAAGAUAUAAUCACCUCCAAACCUGGGCAAGAGAUAAUCCUGACGACUUCUUUCCCAUUCGCUCCCGUCUCUUUUCAUGUCUCCGUUUCUCCUCCACGGUCAACCCUUGGGAGUAAGCUUGCUGCGCAACGGCGAGAAUAUAAAGCGCGCCACGGGCAUGUUUCUCCGGAUGCUGCCAGCAGAAAAGGAAAAGGGCGAGCAGUGACGGCGGAUGAGCUGUUCGAAUCCAGCCAUAUUACAAACACUAUUGAAAAUGAUCCAGUGGCAGCCCGUCUUCCUGCAAUUUUCACAGACUCCGUCCUGGUCCACCCACAACAUCUCUUCCGCCACACCGCUCACUAUGUCGCCCCUGGAAGACUUAGUUUUGCUGACAUUCGUCAAAUGUCGGCAGCGUCAAAUCAUGAACGGGGUGCUUCUCAACAAGUCCCAAGCGAUACGGUGACGGACAGCAGCAUAAAAGCAGAUAGGAGAGGCCGCUCCCAAACAGCUGAGGUGAUUAUGGAUGCUCGCAUUCUUGUGGAUUUAAACGGCCCUUGCCAUCAACGAGCAAUCUCAGACGGCACGCGUUGCAAGUUCUUUCCUUCGGGCAUCCCGCGUCCACGCGGACCGAUUUCUUUCCCAAGACGAGAACGUAGCCGAGCGGACAGUGGACCAGCGUCUGCUGCUGUCAACCUUGUUGAAACUCGUCCAUUCAUGCCGGAGUUGGCGGGCGACGAGAACGAGCAACCUGAUCCAGUCAACUCGCAGGACAUCGCACCAAGCGAAGGCCCUAAUUUGAUGCAUUCCAACCUGUCUGCAUUUCGCAGCCAAAUGCGUCUCAGCGAGCUCGGGCCGAUCGCACACAUCUCGUCUUCUCAGAUCUGGGCAACCGAAACCCCUACGACUCCUCCCGGAAGCCCACUCAAAUCCGUCGACAUGCCUUGCAAAGAUUCGAGCACCAAUGCCAGUGAACAAGUCAACCCUCUUGCCCAGCCAAUAUUGGCUGUUGUUGCAGCAGAGUCGACAGAAAUGACUCGUUCGGAACGAAUCCGUCAUCUCCCCACUCACCUUCGUCAACAAUUGGGACGGGAUAUCGAAUCCGGCGACUUGACAUUUCUGGAAGAAUGUGGGCCCGCGGUGCCAGUUGCGUUGGUGCACUCAACCGCUCUGGUGCCUGUUGCGCAGAUCGAAGCAGUGAAGACAGGCUGUACCGCGCUCAAUACCACCCCUUCCUCUGGUUCUUUAUGGUCGACAACUAGUCGUUCAUACAUGUCGUUGAGUGAGCUCGGCGUUGGUCCUUCUUCAACGUUGACGGAGGCUUUGGGCAAGCUCCCCAAUGCGGAUAAACUGUUGGGGGAUUUUUCUCCAACAAAAAGUCGGCCAGUCAGGAUCGCUCCAGUAGGUUUUUCGGGGGAAGAGGAAGGGUCGGGUUUGACGCGGUCUGAACGCGUGGAUCGUUUGCCUGCGCAUUAUCAAGGUCAACAUGGUAACAAUGUCCAGUCAGGAGACAUCGUCUUCCUCGAGGAUAUGCACGAUGGUGCUGGCCCUCGAGCGCUGGCUCAUUCCACUGGGGUAUCAUGUGCCAAGGUUGGGGGAGAACGGGCGGAGGAUGUCAUGGACUCGGAUAUGGUUGAAGUCGUUGUUAAACAGGCAGCAGAUAAUAGGCAGGCAACCUUCAUAUGA